UUCAAGCGACUGUCUCUGUCUGUCUGUCUGUAUGUAUGUUAGUGAAAUAUGGCAGAAGCUCAUAUUUUUCAGGACAAGUUCAGCUGUUCGGUGUGUUUGGAUCUCCUGAAGGAUCCAGUGACCAUUCCCUGUGGACACAGUUACUGUAUGAGCUGUAUUACAAACUGCUGGGAUCAGAAUGAGAUGAGAAUCUACAGCUGCCCUCAAUGCAGACAAACCUUCACACCAAGACCUGUUUUAUUUAAAAAUGUGAUGUUUGCUGAAAUGGUGGAAGAACUGAAGAAGACAAAACUUCAGACUGAUGUUCCUGCUGACUCUUUUGCUGAAGCUGGAGAUGUGGAGUGUCACGCCUGUACUGAGAGAAAAUACAAAGCUGUCAAGUCCUGUCUGGAGUGUCUGAAGUCUUACUGUCAAAAUCAUCUUAAACUACAUGAGCAUUUCUUCAAUGACAGGAGGCAUCAUUUGAUGAAUCCCACCAGACAACUUCAUAAGACAAUCUGCUCAAAACAUAAUAAACAACUAGAAAUCUACUGUCGCACCGACCAGCACUGCAUUUGUUAUCUGUGUACGAUGGACGAACAUAAAAACCAUGAUACUGUGACAGCUGUAGCAGAAAGAACUGAGAAACAGAGAGUUUUGGGAGAGAGACAGAUAAAAUUACAUCAGAUAAUUGAGGAGAGAGAGAAGGAGCUUCAGGAGCUGAGAGAGGCUGUGGACUCUCAUGUGCGCUCUGCACAGACAGCAGUGGAGGACAGUGAGAGGAUCUUUUCUGAACUGAUUCGAUCCAUUGAGGGAAUCCGAUAUCAGGUAACACAACUGAUCAGAGAUCAGAAAAAGACUGCAGUGAGUCGAGCUGAAGGAGUCAUGAAGCGUCUGGAGCAGGAGAUUGAUGAUCUGAGGAGGAGAGACGCUGAACUGAAGCAGUUUUCACAUACAGACAAUUACAUCCAUUUCCUACAGAGUUUUCAGUCUCUGUCUGCAGCUCUUGAGUCUUCAGUCUCACACAGAUUUACUCUCAGCUCUCUUCUCUCUUUUGAUGAUGUGAGAAAAUCUCUCUCUCAACUGAAAGACAAACUGGAGGAUUUCUGUAGAGAGGAGAUAUCUGGUGAAGGUAAAAAAGCAAAUAUUAAUUUACUUUAAAACAACAUCACACAAGCCAGAGUGCUGUUAGACUCUUAUGGGACAGUUUCCAGGACAGUGUUUAGAUUAAUC